AUUGCUGUUCCAAUUCCCGAUAAAAACAAACAACCUCGGCCCCGAAGUCAUCACUAUCAGAAAUCCCACAACUUUAAUUCUAUCUGAAUUGCAAAAAACGAAUUGAAAGUACUGAAGCAAACACUCCAAAAUCCGAUCAAAACAUGGCGCCUUCCAGCCAUAUUGCUGUUCUUGCAUUCCCCUUCGGCUCACAUCCUAUACCAAUGCUCAAUCUCGUCAAAAGAAUUGCAGCCUCAGCGCCUGAAAAUGUCAACUUUUCCUUCUUUUGCACCCCAGAAUCAAACAAAUCCUACUUUUCAGGUGCAAAAGGUGAUGAAGAAUUUGCCAACAUCAAGGCUUACAGCGUGUGGGAUGGCGUCCCUAAAGAUCAUCUCUUUUCCGGGAACUCACAAUUGGAACGAAUUGGGUUGUUCUUAAAUGCAACCCCUGGUAAUUUUGAGAUGGCCAUGAAAGAGGCAGAGCAGGAAACAGGGGUCAAGAUUUGCUGCUUAUUGACUGAUGCUUUUCUCGGGUUUGCGGGCGAUUUAGCAGAGAAAAUUGGAGUUCCAUGGGUACCCUUUUGGACUUCUGGAUCUUGCUCUUUAGCAGCCCAUCUUUACACCGACGAAAUCCGGAAAUUGGCCUCAACAACCGAGAGAACCAUUGGAAUGAUUCCGGGUAUGGAAGGAUUAAGCAUCGGUGACAUGCCCAGAGAAAUUCUGUUGACCAACGAACAAUCACCAAUCGCUCUUCUACUUUACAAUGUGGCUUUAAAUCUGCCCAGAGCAACUGCAGUUGUGGUAAACUCAUUUGAAGAGUUGGAUCCAGCCAUCAGUUUAGACCUGAAACCGAGGUUCAAAAAUUACCUCAACAUUAGCCCUUUUCAUUCGAUCGCGGCUCAACACAACGACGAAUGCCUUGAAUGGUUGAGAAAACAGGAUGAUGCGUCAGUUGUAUACAUUGGCUUUGGCAGCGUAAGCAUUCCAUCUCCUAAUGAAAUGGUAGCAUUAGCAGAGGCAUUGGAGACUUGCAAAUUUCCAUUCUUAUGGUCAUUAAGGGAUCAUGCCCGGAAGAGUUUGCCUGCUGGAUUCAUCGAUGGGACAAGCGGAUUCGGAAAAUUGGUUUCAUGGGCACCACAAAUGGAAGUUCUGGCAAGUGGGAAAGUUGGAGUAUUUGUGUCACACGGUGGAUGGAAUUCGGUUCUAGAGAGCAUCUCAUUUGGUGUCCCGAUGAUUUGCAGGCCAUUUUUCGGGGAUCAUGGCUUGAAUGGUGCAAUGGUGGAGGUGAAAUGGAGGAUUGGAUUGAGAGUCGAGGAUGGGAUUUUCACCAAGAAUGAAACUGUCAAUGCUAUAAAACUCAUAUUGUCUGGUGAAAAGGGAAAGGAAAUCAAAGAGAAUGCUCAAUUGCUCAAGGGACUGGCCACUGAUGCUGUUAAACCCAAUGGAAGUUCAGCCCGAAAUUUUCAGGAAUUGUUGAAGGUGAUAACAAAGUCUUCCUAA